AUGGACCAAGAGCAUGAUCUGCAAGAGACAAUGGGCUUUCCAUUCCUGCCCUUAAUACCUACGAUAAUAUUCAUGGUAGCACUGAUCAUCAUAGGUACUGGUGGAAAUAUGAUUGUUGUCUUUGUUUUUAGUUUAAAAAGAAAAAAGAGCACUGCAAACUACUACCAGUUCAUUCUGGCCAUUUUGGAUCUUUUUGCCUGUGUUUUUCUUCACCCAUAUUUAAUUUCCAAACUCUUCAAUAUGGACAACCAGACCAAUGUGGUUCUAUGUAAAAUAUUUGAAUUUCUGAUACACGCCAGUUUGUUAUCAGAAGGACUGGUGCUAGUGGCAGUUGCAGUGGACAGAUAUUAUGCUGUUUGCCAGCCAUUGAAGUUUGUCAAUGCUUUUGACAGAACCAAGGGGAUGCUCAUAGCUGCUGUCGCAGUGGGGGUACUGUUUAGCAUCCCCCUACUGAAAUUUUAUGGUGUUCAUACUGUGCAACAGAAGCCAGUAUACAGCCAGUAUAACCAUACAGUGACAAGAUAUUUGUGUGAUUACAGUGACAUUUACCAAGGUUCUCUCAGUCAGGGUGUGUUUGGUGCUGUUGUCCUUGUUAUGUUUUGUGCUGCCGUGGUAACAGUUUCAGUGCUUUACUUGGUGAUUGCCAAAACCAUUCAUGACCGUCAUAGAAGAGUUGAACCUAUCAGAAGUAUAAGUGCAUUUAUGACAAAGUCUGGCCCAUUGGUUAAAAGAUCACAGAAAACAAAAGUUGAUUCUAAAAAACAAAGUGUUGGUGCAAAUAUCCCUUCAAGAUAUUCCACUGGAACUUCAACCUCUGACUCCAUAUCAACCAAAUUUGCAGCAAGAACAGAGGAGGUUACCAUGGAAGAAACCCAAGCCAAAAAGGUUACUAGUACAGUUUGUGAACAUGAAGAGGACAUAAACAAACCAAGAAAACUUAACAAGAACACUCCUUUAAUGAUUAAAGUCCGUUGUGAAUGCCACCAUGCAAAUUCAUCUAAAACAGAGCUUAUCAAUGAUAAGAGUGAAGAAAAUUGUGAAAUUAUUGAUGAUGUAAAAGUAGUUAAUCUUGAGCAAGAAAGUGGUACCUCAACAGAGCAGAAAAAUUAUAACAUGAAAGAAAGCACUAAUCAGCAGGAUAGCAGCAGCAUUAAAAAUGACAAUCAUCCUCAAUGUCACAGCCCAGUCAGUAUUAAAACUAAUGACAGAUUAGAUGAUAAGGUUGGCAAAAGGGAUAAUUCAGCCAAAGAACAUGAAAAAACAAGUGCUUGGAACUGGCCAGAUAAGCCAAAGCAGUUAGCCCCCAAGGGUGCAAAAGUCUUGUUCUUAGUAACACUAGUGUUUGCAUUAUCAUGGGUACCAUUUUGGGUAAUAAAAUUUGCAUCUCUGAUAAACCCAAAUUUUUGGCCAGAGAAAACAUUUGUUGACAUUGCUUUUAAAGUACUGUUGAUGCAUGCUUUCUACCUGAAUAAUGCUAUUAAUCCUAUCCUCUAUACCUUAAUGAACAAGGCUUUUGCUACGGAUCUCAGAGAUGUUGUUAGGACAGUUAGGCAAAGACUACAGCCAGUACUUUGA